GUUGCGAUAGCGCCAACGACUGAGAAAGCUGGAUUUGUGGAAGCAAAUAUUUUACGAAGCAUAAAUAAAAACGCAUACAUACAUAUGAACAACUAUAAUAAAAUUAUUAUAUGAUACUAAAAUAAAAAUAGCUAUAAAUAUAAACAAAGUGAUAGUGAGUGUUUGAAUAGUAAUCGAGAGAAAUGGUUAGCCAGCAGCUUAAUAAAAAAUUAGAUGAAUUGCAACAAUGGUUCAAAGAAAAUCCGAAAUUGCCGGAAAAAAUUGAUCGUAUUCUUUUGCGACGCUUUUUCAAAUGCAUGUACUAUGACGUAGAAGCAACUAAAAAGCUUAUUGAGUUAAAUUUUUCAAUACGUAAUAAAAAUCCCCACAUAUUUCUUGACCGAGAUCCUGACGACGAAGAAGUUAAAGCUAUUCGAGAAGUUGUAGAAAUGGUACCUCUGCCGGGUCUCACAUCGGAAGGUUAUAAACUGUUAUUCUUCAGGCUAGCAGACACAGAUCCAAAAAAGUUAAAUAGCGCAACAGAAUGCAAAGCUUUCUUCAUGCUGGGCGACUGCCGUUUCUCUGCUACCGACAUUGAGGAAACACCGACGACGCAACACGAAACAGUUAACGAUAUGAAAACGUCAGACACAAAUGACACGGAAGCUGAAAAUGUAGAUGACAUAUUAGAAGAUAAUUUCAUAUCAAAUGGUGAAGUGCAAAUUUGUGACAUUUCGGGUUACACCUUAUCUCACAUGGCGCGCAUUUCCUUCUCACUAUUGCGUAUGUAUAUGACUUUUCUGCAAGAAGCGUAUCCAGUGCGUUUACGCUCCAUGCACAUAAUCAAUUGUCCGCCGUUUUUGAACAAAAUGAUCGCAAUCGUUAAGCCCUUCAUACAUGAGGAUGUCUAUAAAAUGAUCCAUUUCCAUACAGAUGGCAUGGAAAGCUUAUUUGAGUAUAUUCCACGCGAGAUGUUGCCAAACGAAUAUGGCGGAAAUGCUGGUGAGAUAGCUGAACUGAAGAAAAUAUGGACGGACGAAUUAAAAGUAAAAAGGGAUUUUCUUAUGGAUGAGAAAUAUUGGAAAAUGGAUCAGACUCAAAACUCGCGUCGUUGGUAUUGGUUCUGACAAUUGUUCAAAAACUAUUCGUGAAUUUUAUGCUUUAUGUUUACAGCAGUUUAUGUGAUAUUUGAUAAGAAUAAGGGCGGUUGGGUUUUAAUUAUACAUGUAUGAAGAGUAUGUACAUAUGUAUAAAUGUAGCCAAUAGAUUUAAUUGAGAGAAAAAUAGAAAUAUAUAUAUAAUAUACAUAUAAAUGGCACUUUGGCCAAUCUCUUCCUCCA